GGAGUUUCGUAUGGGUAAUUAGUUAACCUAAAAGCUUUGUGAAGAAAAGAUAUCGAGUGAGAAACGCAUAGAAAAUCGUUUAUUUAAGAAAGAAAAGCUGAACCGUAAAAUAAAUUGUUCACCACGUCUAACCCCAUAAUAAAGUUCACAUUUAUAUCAAAAUGUCGUGUCGUUGCGCCGUCAUAUCAAUAGUAUUGACUGUUCUUGGAAUAAUUGGUUGCAUUGCAUUGGGAAUUUUUUUAAAAUUUCGUAUGGAUCACCAACCGAGGAAUUCCAUUGAAAUCUUGCACUCUGACAUAACCAAGUACGAGUUCACCAACAGCUUGGAGGCAUUUAGUGGCAAACUCUUUAAGGAAUUGUCACAAGCCCAUGGGGAUAAGAAUAUUGUCUAUUCUCCCUUCUCCAUAGAGACCUGCUUGGCUAUGACACGCCAAGGGGCAGAAAAUGAAACUGCCAAAGAAAUGGAUGCCAGUUUUGAGACAGAAGAUAAAAAUCUACGUAGUAUCGCAGACAAUUAUCACACCAUCUUGGAGAAAUAUGAGAAAAGUUCAAUGCUAAAUGUGGCCAAUAAAAUCUAUGUGCAGCAGAAUUACAAAGUACACGAAGAAUUCAAUAGAACAUUGAGCAACGAAUUCUUUUCUUCGGUGGAAAAUAUCGACUUUUCCCAAAAUGUGGCAGCUGCGUCUCGCAUGAAUAAAUGGGUAGAACUGAAGACAGAGAAUGCAAUCAAGGAUUUUGUAUCUUCCGAUAAUUUAAAUGCUGAUACGCGUCUUAUGUUGCUAAGCGCUAUACACUUCAAGGGAGAGUGGGCCACGGGCUUUGCCCCAGAAGCCACUACAGAAGAGGAUUUUCAUACCAGCGAUGUUAAUAAUACCCAAAAAGUUCAAUUGAUGUACAAAAAGGAUUUGUGUCAUUAUAACACCUUCUAUGAUUUGGAUGCAUCUGCCCUACGUCUGCCUUAUAAGAAUUCGGAUCUUUCCAUGUUGAUACUAUUGCCCAACUCCAUUAAUGGCUUGCCAGCUAUGUUGGAAAAGUUGGCUAACACCACAUUUGAUACGAUAAUGAAGGAUAUGGAAACUCAGACGUAUGUGAAUGUGUAUCUACCCAAAUUCAAGGUGGAAUUUGAAGUUGAGCUCAAGGAUGUUCUUUCUAAGAUGGGUAUGGGGAAAAUGUUUUCAUCUGGAGACUUUGGCAGUAUGCUGGAAACCAGCGAACCCAUGAGUGUGUCAAAUGUCAUGCACAAAGCUUUGAUUGAAGUCAACGAAGAAGGCACUAAAGCAGCAGCGGCAUCAGGUCUUGCCUUCACCGCUCGAAGUGGAGCAGAAAUUCCGUCGCCCUUCUUCAGAGCAGAUCAUCCAUUCUAUUACGCCAUCAUAGAUGAGGACAAUGUGCGAAUGUUUGAAGGAAUUUUUGUUAAUGCUUAGAUUAAAAUUAUAAUUUAAAAUUUAAAACAAGUAUAAUAUAUAUAU